AAACUGACAUUCCAGAAAUUGGACGCAUUUUCCUUACGUUUGCUGAAGUUCACGUGGUUAUUGAAAGAUAUGCUGCAAAAACUAAUGCUGUUUUAAUUUUAGGAAAGACAUCCAAAAAUCCUAACAGUAGUGACUAUAGUGAAAAGAACGAGAAACAUACCAUCAAGCGAACUGGGUGUCCUUUUUCUGUAGGAGUAAAUUAUCGCAAAAGAGCCCAAGAAUUCAUAAUAACAAAGUUAUAUUUAGAGCAUAAUCAUGAUUUUUGUCUGGAUGUCACAAAAUUCAACACUGUCAUGCGUAAAUUUGAUCAAAAUAAUCUUGAUCUAAUUGAAAAGUUUCACAAUGAUAAUCUUCGGACUAAGAAUAUAUUUUCAGUACUAAAUUCUGUUAGCUCGAAGUAUAUUUAUAAGUCUGAUGUCUAUAAUGCUGUGAGCCAUCAGCAUCAGUGCAAAUUACAAGAUUUGAAUGAAAUUGAGAUACUGUUUAAAACUUUACAAAAUGAUGAAAAUAUUAUAGGCAAUGUAGUGACAAAAGCUGCACAUAAUGACGAACGUGAUCAAGAUGGGGCAUUCAUUUAA